AUGCCUAGCUCCAGCUCGGCGGAGCUCAACGUGGGCGGAGUCAAACGUUUGACUCCGCCCACGUUGAGCUCCGCCCCGAUCUGCGGACUGCAGUCAGGGGCUACUCAAGUAAGACCCAAAGUAAGGACAAGUAAGGCCAUCACCAACCAAUCAGCGCACGGCCUCGUGCUCCCUCGGGCCAAUCACGUCGCGAGCUGGUGCCUUACUUUCGACCAAUCACGCUGCACCUCCCGGUUCCCUCAUAAAGUCCCGGAGGAAAGUGCGGAGAUAUCAGUCAUCGACAUCUGUAUGGACUUCUUCAGCGAGCGGUAG